AUGGCUUUUACUUUAGAUUCAAAGAUGGAAAUUACUUCGCCAACAUUGAUAACUUUUGUGUUAUCAUUUCAGAAAUUCGUUGAUGAUUUAAACGUUCACAACCGAAUGAUCCUUGCACGAUUAGAUAAACUAAUCGAAAACAAAACAAAUUUAAGAACGUUAAAAAAAGAUUAUCACCCAUUUCACAAAGAUACAACUGAGUCAAUAAGGGCUGGUCCAUGCGGAACUCGACUUGUGAUACAAAGUUAUACGUACAAACUUUAUUUUGAUGCCAGAACUGAUAAGACUGCAGAAAUUUGUAUAACAAAACUUAAAUGGACAACACUUGCAAGUCACAUCAAAAAAGGACCCACCGGAUUCUUUAAAAUCACACUACGUAGAUCACCUAUAGGAUUACCUAAAAAACUUCGUGCUGUAGUAAAAGCUCUGGGAUUAUCUAAAUUAUCUCAAACAGUUUAUCACUCACAAACUCCUAUUAUUGCUGGUAUGAUUUUGAAAGUUAAAGAACUUUUGGAAGUUAAAAAUGUUAAAAAAGUACCGACUCCUGAAGAGCGAAAACAUUAUACUGAACCGGGCUAUGUGGUUAUUAAGAGAUACAAUGAACCUGUUCAGGUUUGA